AUGCAGAUCUUUGUAAAAACUCUGACCGGUAAAACCAUUACCCUGGAGGUGGAGACCAGUGACACAAUUGAAAAUGUUAAGGCCAAAAUCCAGGAUAAGGAGGGCAUUCCUCCAGACCAACAGCGUAUAAUCUUUGCAGGCAAGCAGUUGGAAGAUGGGCGCACCCUCUCCGACUAUAACAUCCAGAAGGAGUCAACCCUUCAUCUUGUGCUACGCCUAAGAGGAGGAAUGCAGGUAUUUGUAAAGACCCUGACUGGCAAGACCAUUACCCUUGAGGUGGAGUCCAGUGACACCAUUGAAAAUGUCAAGGCCAAAAUCCAGGAUAAGGAGGGCAUCCCUCCAGACCAGCAGCGUCUUAUCUUUGCUGGCAAGCAGUUGGAAGAUGGGCGCACCCUCUCCGACUACAACAUCCAGAAGGAAUCAACCCUUCAUCUUGUGCUACGCCUAAGAGGAGGAAUGCAGGUAUUUGUAAAGACCCUGACCGGCAAGACCAUUACUCUGGAGGUGGAGUCCAGUGACACCAUUGAAAACGUCAAGGCCAAAAUCCAGGAUAAGGAGGGCAUCCCUCCAGACCAGCAGCGACUAAUCUUUGCUGGCAAGCAGUUGGAAGAUGGCCGCUCCCUCUCCGACUACAACAUUCAGAAGGAAUCAACCCUUCAUCUUGUGCUACGCCUAAGAGGAGGAAUGCAGGUAUUUGUAAAGACCCUGACUGGCAAGACCAUUACCCUUGAGGUGGAGUCCAGUGACACCACUGAAAAUGUCAAGGCCAAAAUCCAGGAUAAGGAGGGCAUCCCUCCAGACCAGCAGCGUCUUAUCUUUGCUGGCAAGCAGUUGGAAGAUGGACGCUCCCUCUCCGACUACAACAUCCAGAAGGAAUCAACUCUUCAUCUUGUGCUACGCCUAAGAGGAGGAAUGCAGGUAUUUGUAAAGACCCUGACCGGCAAGACCAUUACCCUGGAGGUGGAGUCCAGUGACACCAUUGAAAACGUCAAGGCCAAAAUCCAGGAUAAGGAGGGCAUCCCUCCAGACCAGCAGCGUCUAAUCUUUGCUGGCAAGCAGUUGGAAGAUGGCCGCUCCCUCUCCGACUAUAACAUCCAGAAGGAGUCAACCCUUCAUCUUGUGCUACGCCUAAGAGGAGGAAUGCAGGUAUUUGUAAAGACCCUGACAAGACCAUUAUUGAGUGACACCAUUGUCAAGGCCAAAAUCCAGGAUAAGGAGGGCAUCCCUCCAGACCAGCAGCGACUAAUCUUUGCUGGCAAGCAGUUGGAAGAUGGGCGCACCCUCUCCGACUAUAACAUCCAAAAGGAGUCAACCCUCCAUCUUGUGCUACGCCUGAGAGGAGGAAUGCAGGUAUUUGUAAAGACCCUGACCGGCAAGACCAUUACCCUGGAGGUGGAGUCCAGUGACACCAUUGAAAACAUCAAGGCCAAAAUCCAGGAUAAGGAGGGCAUCCCUCCAGACCAGCAGCGACUAAUCUUUGCUUACAAGCAGCUGGAAGAUGGCCACACCUUUUCCGACUACAACAACCAGAAGGAGUUCAUCCUCCAUCUUUAG